AUGUCUGUCUUAUUAAGGUUAAGAGUUAGAUUUGCAAAUCAAAGUGAGUCAUAUUAUGAUGAUGACCACGACGAUGAUGAUAAUGAUGACCACGACGAUGAUGAUGACAAUGAUGAUGAUGGGAUCGAAUCCUGCAGCAGAAGCAGCCUUGUUAGGGUUUUUUCGAAAUUUCGCAUUUGUUCGACAAUUGAAGAUGUCUGGUGUGAACGUAAAGAUCGAGAAAUUUACCGGGAGGAACAGUUUUGGUUUAUGGUAGAUCAAGAUGCGAUCCUUGCUAAAGCAGCAGGGGUUGUGGGCGCCGCUGACGAGAAGACUUUCGUUGACUCGUAUAUUGGAGGGAAAGAAACUCUAACCUUAGAAGAUACAAAGUCCAUGUUGCUUAUGAGAGAGGACCGUCAGAAUGCAGAAAGUUCAGUUACAGAAAGUCAGGCAUCUAGAUUAGCUGCUACAAGAAGCAAGGGACAUAGGAAUUCUGGUAAGCAGAAGUCAAAUCAGAAUAAAAGGUCUUCAAAGUCAAAGGGUUCUAGAUCAGAUGAUAUUUGCAACUACUGUAAAGAAAAGGGGCAUUGGAAAACCGAAUGUCCUAAGAUAAAAAGGAAUCAUAAAAGAAGUAAAAGAGUGACAAAAGGGAAGUAUCUUCCUCUGUUGCACAAGUUGAGAUUGAUUCUGAAGAAGUUGCGAUCGAUUCUGAAGGAGAUCUAG